AUGAAUUCGGAGUAAGAAUGCUCAUAUGAGGAACAACGGAUGUUGAGUUAAUACUAAUAACAUGUUAACACGAAUCGUCAUGGAUCGAUUGAAGACUUAAAAGAACAUUAUGUCAAAUUGAUAAAAGCAUCUUAAUUAAAAAUUAAGUACCUGCUAAUAGCAUCUUCAAUUUUAUUGCUUCUGACAACCAUAACUAGUUUGAGUUGUUUGAUUGAUCCAAAAAUGGUGGGAAUAGAGUUAUGUAAAUGGUUUUCGCAUUUGCUCACUUUGAUAUUGUAUUUGGCAAUUUAUUUGGAUUUGAAAAAUGCGAACAUAGAAAUUCUGAAUGUCCCAAAAGAGAAUUUGAAAUUGUUGUGUCUUACCUAUGAAAAGAAUGUAUAUGAAUUCUUGGAGGAGUUUAAAUUUCAGGAGAAAUUCGAUUUGAUAAACGUCUUGAUGUACAGUUCGUUCAUUUGGAGUUUUUGGUUCAGCCAAUUCCUAUUCAUUUUGCAUACCAACAGCAAGAUAUAUCCAUUGUUAAUAAUAUCUUACAUAUUGCAUAUGGUUCUGUAUUUGAUUGCCUGCAUACAUUCUUGCUUCCGUCAAAGUCCAGGGAAUUGUGAAUGUUCAAUCUUAAAAACCAAAGCAGGAUACCAAUACAUCAACUUGCCAAGGUUCAUUGAGACAAAAAAGAACACAUUGAAAAUGACCAUAAUUUUGCUGAUGUAUUAUAAAAUAAAAUUAGCAGUGAUUGCUAGUUUUAUUGAUUAAUCAGAGAGUGAGACCGUCUUAGUGAUCUAUCUAUACAUCAUCUAUUGUGGAACCAUGAUUCUCAAGCAACUCUAUCACUUAAUUCUACUAAAAAUGAUAAAGAAAGUGAACUAACGCCAUUUAAGUUGUUACUAAAAUGCCUACAUGUUGUACUACAAGCUCUUUUUCUAUGAAUCAUGCUUGAAUAAGACUCUGAAGGCCAUCAUCUAUUUAUCGUCAUUUGCUUGUGUAAUAGUUUGUUUGAUGUUCAAUCUCAAAAACUACUUCAAAUACAUAUAGGAAUCAAUUUACAAAAUUGAAGUUUACCUAGUUAAUGAUACUAUCUGUUUUGUGAUUUCGUUACUGAUAUACAUUUAUUAUGCAGUCAAAAAGUAUUCGAACAGAGUUUCAUUGGAUCAUUUGGAAUCAUAUGAGUCCAGAUUUGACAUGAGAUUCUAUGACUUAAAUGACGUGGUCCCUAAUCCUUAUUAUAACGCUUUGAGUAGGUACUUGUAAAUGGAGCAACAACAAUUAGAAGAGAGGAACCAUCGAGAAUUAAUUCGGAAAUUGCAAUUGUCUCCUGAAAGAUCAAUCAAUUUGGAGGAGAAUGUGGACUGCAUAAUUUGCAGAGAGAAAUUACUCUAAGAUCAAUUAUUAGUAGGAUUGCAAUGUCAUCCUUCUCACAUUUUCCAUAAGGAAUGUCUCAUAAAAUGGGUGUUGUUGCAUACUACUUGUCCAACAUGCAGAUCUUCAAUUUAAUGA